GCGCUCUUCUGCAGCUGCACGUCCGAAGAAGAAGAAUCCCGGAAGUGUGCGGAACCGCUGACCCACAUCCGCAGCAGCAGCAGCGAAUAAUCUUCAGACUCAGCCCAGGAGCUGCUCCUUCAACAUGGCCGACAUCUGGCAAAGCGCCAUGGAUCACGCUGUGGCCAUCGCACGAAAAGCUGGAGAGGUGGUACGUGAAGCUCUGCGUGAUGACAGGAAGGUGAUGACAAAGAGCUCGUCGGUCGACUUGGUGACACAAACCGAUCAGAGGGUGGAGCAACUCAUCAUCCAAUCAGUGAAGGAGAAAUUCCCCACACACAAGUUCAUAGGGGAAGAGUCAGUGGCUGCAGGUGAAGCGUGUGACCUCACAGACUCUCCCACCUGGAUCAUCGACCCCAUCGAUGGGACCACCAACUUUGUUCACUCAUUUCCUUUUGUUGCUGUUUCCAUUGGGUUCUCUGUCAACAACCAGACCGAGUUCGGUGUGGUCUACAGUUGUCUAGAAGACAAGAUGUUCACAGCGAGGAGGGGGAAGGGAGCGUUCUGUAAUGGAGAGCCACUGCAGGUUUCUGAUCAGGAAGACAUCAAACAGUCAAUCAUCGCCACAGAGUUUGGAUCCAACAGAGACCCUGAAGCUGUGGAUAAAAUCUUCUCCAGUCUGAGGAACAUCCUCUGCAUCCCUGUGCACGGUGUGCGCAGUGCUGGAACUGCAGCAAUCAACAUGUGUCUGGUUGCAUCUGGUUGUGUUGAAGCUUAUUAUGAGAUUGGGAUCCAUGUUUGGGACGUGGCUGCUGGCUCGCUGAUCGUCUCCGAGGCUGGAGGAGUCCUGAUGGAUGUGGAGGGAGGAGAGGUGGACCUGAUGUCCCGGAGGAUCGUCGCUGCCAACAGCAGAACCAUCGCUGAGAGGAUCGUCAAAGAAAUCGAGUCCUUCAGUCUGCCCAGAGACGAUGCUCCGACAAAACACUGAAGAACUGAAACUCACUGAUGCUGAUGUUUCAUUUAGUUUUAACACUUUGAGAGAAGUAAAGUUUGUCUUAAGAAAAUCAA